CCCUGCAAAAUUCCAAUAACCGAACGAAAACGGAGGCAGCUUUUAUAAUUCCACAAAAAAGGACCAAAAAAGCAAAAGCCGUUUUCUCUCGUCAGCAAUGUCACAUUCCGGCGACGAUAGCUUCUCCGACGCGGCGGAGGAAUGCUACAACGCGGAGUUCCGAUCGUAUCCAGAUGACGCCUGGUAUAAUGUUCGAGUAUUGUUUGCAGGCAAUUCAGGUGACAAAAUGAGAGUCAAGUACGACAACUUCUCUGAUGAUUACGACAACAUUUUUAUCGCCGAUAGUUUCAAGUCCGCUUACGAGGUUUACGAUUUCAUCGGAAGGUUCCGUAAGGCCUCCGCUCAGCUCCAGGAUCCGGACUGUUCCAUGGUCGUGAAAGGCAUGCGCGUCUGUUCUUCUGAUUCUUUUGGAAAUGACGACGUUCGCUUUUACGACGCUAUCAUUGAUGAGGUGUUGCAUAAGAAGCAUUCUUAUGUAAAUGGACAAGAAGAGUGUGAGUGCACCUUCCUAAUCUCUUGGCUACACGGUCCUAAUGUUGGGAACAUAACAGACAAGGGGGUUGCAAAUAUAUGCCUUCUCCAGGGUUCUGAGAUACCGCCAAAACUUGCAUCUUUCAUUGAGAUAGCAUUGCAGAAAAUAGAUAAGGCCUUAUGUAAAUCUGUUUCUGGCACUAGCAAUGAUCUUGUUGCUCCACAUAAGGAUAACAAGGGUAGCCCAAUUGUCAAGUGGAAGCCAAGUUCAUCGGAGUGUAUAAGACAAAGGAAGUGUGCUCCGCGGCCUUUGAGUGCGGUGUGGCCAUUAGGAGGAAUAGAAUUUGGUUGUGCAAGUAAACAAGAAGAAACUGAUCUAGGAGGGGAUAAAAACCUUCACAAAAUACUAGUUCAGAAUCUUGAAAAGGAAUUGUCCUCAUCAACAGUUUCCGAGUUCAUCCAUAAACAAACUUCCAUCACUACACGAGUAUAUAUUUUCCCGAGUCUACCAUGGGAGCCAUACACCAAUGGUGUCAUUAUGAUGAAUUGCCAAAAAGACCUUGAACGGUUGCUUGGGUUUUUGCAGAAUCCUAAUCAUUUCAUUGCAUCCUUGAAUGGGCGACCAUGGGUGGCCACUGAAAAAUUGUUAACCAAUGAUCAUUGGACCUUAAUGCUCAGCUCUCCGAACAAAUUACUCAACAGAAAAGUUGCUGGAUUCAACAAUGAAUUGAAGGUUGUUUGUUAUGGGACAAAGGAAUACAAUAAAGCAAAGGAGUUAAGGGAUUUAUUUUUGCAGUUUAUUGAACACCAACGCGGACUUUACAAGAAGCUAAGAAUGGAAGAGAGAAAUAUCUCAUAGCCUUCUCUAGCAGUCAACAGGGCUGACACCGAGAUGGACAUAAGAGGAUUCCCAGGCGGAGAGCAGAUAUUCUUGCACAGUAGAGGUCAAACUCGGGUCGACGCAUCAGCGGUUGUAAUUAUUAAUGAGUUGUUUAAUAACGGAAAUCGUUGCCACCUUGAAAGGAGUAUUACUUUUACUACAUCGCAAUAGCCGCUACCUGUCUAAGAGUCCUCCUGCGUUCACAACGGUGCUGACCUUUGGAUAAGAAGGAAGGUUAAAGAUACCAUCUACGUGGAAAUAGAAAAAAAUUAUGUCGAUUAUAACAGAAAGUCCCACAGUUUUUCCUUAUAAUUAUACGUUUAAACUUGU